CUCUGCCUCUCAGGCCGUGAGGAUCUGCAGGAGAGACACGAGAGAUGGAGAGACAGAGAGAGCGCUAGAAAGACCGCGAGGAUAGAUAGAUCAGUUGAAAGGGAGAGAGACAAGAAGACGAAGAGAAACAGAAGAGAGAGAAAGAGGGAGAGGGAGAAAGAGAAGGACAGAGAGAGAGAGGGAGAGAGGGACAGACAGAGAGAGAGAGAGAGAGAGAGAGAGAGAGAGAGAGAGAGAGAGAGAGAGAGAGAGAGAGAGAGAGAGGGAGAGAGAGAGAGAGAGAGAGAGAGAGAGAGAGAGAGAGAGAGUGGGAGUUCUUGCUCUAUUCUCCUGCUGGUCAUUGAUGGAGGAGAGUCGUGUGCCGGAGCAUGAGAUGGCAGCAGGAGGAACAGCAGGAGCGGCAGGAGGCGCGGCGGACGCCAACAGCUCCCUCGCCCCCCCCGCUGCCCCCACCACCUCCCCGGCGGUGCCCCCCGUGGUGAAGCUGGGCCUGACGGUGGUCUACACCCUGUUCUACACCCUGCUCUUCGGCUUUGUGUACGCCCAGCUGUGGCUGGUCCUGCGGUACCGCCACAAGCGCUUCAGCUACCAGACGGCCUUCCUGUGGCUGUGCCUCCUGUGGGCGGCGCUCCGGGCCCUGCUCUUCUCCUUCUACUUCAGGGACUGCGGGCGGGCCAACGCGCUGGGGCCCCUGCCCUUCUGGCUGCUCUACUGCCUCCCCGUCUGCCUGCAGUUCUUCACGCUCAGCCUCAUGAACCUGUACUGCGCUCAGGUUUACUUUAAGGCAAAGUCCAAGUACACCCCAGCUCUACUCCGAUACAGGCUGCCGCUGUACCUGGUGUUUGCCGGGGUGAGUGCGCUCUUCCUGGGGGUCAACCUGGUGUGUGCUCUGCUGGUGAAGACCUCCUGGGCGCCCGUGAAGACCCUGGUGCUGGUGCGCGUCACCAUCAACGACAGCCUCUUCGUUCUGUGCGCCAUCUCGCUGUCCGUCUGCCUCUACAAGGUGGCCAAGAUGUCCCUUGCUAGCAUCUACCUGGAGUCCAAGGGGACGUCGGUGUGUCAGGUGUCUCUGAUUGGCACCACGGUGAUCCUAUUGUACGCCAGCAGAGCCUGCUACAACCUGCUGGUGCUCGCCCUUGCAGACAUCGAGAAGAUGGACUCCUUCGACUACGACUGGUACAACGUCUCGGACCAGGCCGACCUGCGCUCCUCGCUGGGGGAUGGUGGCUACGUUGUGUUUGGGGUGGUGCUUUUCGUCUGGGAGCUCCUACCCACUUCCCUGGUCGUGUUCUUCUUCAGAGUCCGUCGCCCCCCACAGGAUGGGAUUGCUGCAGGGAUUCCCCACCAUGUGUUAUCAUCCAGAAGGUAUUUCUUCGACAACCCUCGUCGCUAUGACAGCGAUGACGACCUUGCAUGGAGCAUCCCUCCUCAGAACGCGUCCGCCAGCCUACCAUCAGACUGCUACGACUGGGGGAGUCACCACAGCUUCAGCACAACCAACCACCAGAGGUACACCACCGCCACCACAGAGGAGCUACACCCCUACCCAUGAAGAGCAGGGUCAGGAUUGGUUCUACCAUCUGGACCCACAGUGCAGCAUUUCUACAAAGCAUUUUAUUACCUGGGUCCCCGGAUGGAACAUACUCAGUACUCCUGUAUGAUUGAGGUCCCGGUCCCAUAUGGAACGUACUCAGUACUCCUGUAUGAUUGAGGUCCCGGUCCCAUAUGGAACGUACUCAGUACUCCUGUAUGAUUGAGGUCCCGGUCCCAUAUGGAACGUACCCAGUACUCCUGUAUGUAUGAUGUCCCGGUCCCAUAUGGAACGUACUCAGUACUCCUGUAUGUAUGAUGUCCCGGUCCCAUAUGGAACGUACUCAGUACUCCUGUAUGUAUGAUGUCCCGGUCCCAUAUGGAACGUACUCAGUACUCCUGUAUGAUUGAGGUCCCGGUCCCAUUUGGAACGUACUCAGUACUCCUGUAUGUAUGAUGUCCCGGUCCCAUAUGGAACGUACUCAGUACUCCUGUAUGAUUGAGGUCCCGGUCCCAUAUGGAACGUACUCAGUACUCCUGUAUGUAUGAUGUCCCGGUCCCAUAUGGAACGUACUCAGUACUCCUGUAUGUACGAGGUCCUGGUCCCAUGCUGAACGUUCUUAGUACUCCUGUAUUUAAGAGGUCCUGGUUUCAUAUGGAACGUGCGUAUUACCCGGUCUAGAUUUGUGCUCAUGCUCAAAAGAUGGUGACUGGUGGUCGAUACCAGAGUUGGGCUUGACGAAAGGAUUGAGAUAUCCAGGAGGCUUGGGUGAAGGAGUUUGGUCAGGUCCGGCUCUGACCCCAUGUUCAGCGUCUCCCCGACCCUGUGGACCUGUGCCCACCACCAGCCAGAACCUCAGCCCACACUUCAGAUAUGUCCAUCUGUAUAUCUGUGAAUUAUUUUGUUGUCAGAAUGUGCUGCAUGCUCACACUUGCGACAAUCUGAAGGUUCUGACCAACAUCUCUGGUCUGGGGUUAAACUAGUAGUAGUAGUAGUAGUAGUGGUAGAAGCUUUGGUUCAAUGUUUCUUAUGAUCUUUAUUUAAUAAACUCUGGGAAGCAUUUCA